UUAUCUCUGCAUUCUAGCAUGAACGCUAUAGCUAGCUAGCAUGCCCGGCUAAAUUUCAAGUUGAACUUCAUGUUAUGAGAGGAAUGCAUAUAUUUCGACGCUGAUUUUUGGUUUCGUUUAUGGAAUAGCUAGCAUAAACUGCUGGGCUAGCCAGCUGCUUAGCAUAGUGUAGUGUGUCAUUGAUCUAGCUACAGUCUAUGAAUUAAAAGCUUGCUAGAUCACAAAGUAAGGUGUAUGUAGAUAGAUGACACCACGUAGACAUCGAUAGCAUGCAACAAAAGCCUUAAAACGGUGCCAGAACUGGGAAAUCUGAUGGUCUAAAAUGCCUCAAAAACUCAAGUUACACAAGAGUAGCCACUACAUUGAGCUGGGGAGUUACCAGUAUUGGCCAGUUCUGGUGCCAAGGGGAAUCCGCCUGUACACAUUUGAACAGAUCCCGUUAUUCUUGAAAGAAAACCCUUACAUUACAGAUGGAUACAGAGCACACUUGACAUCAAAACUCUGUUUAAAAAGCAUAUUUGUGCUGUCCAAUGAGACAGUCAACAUAUGGACACAUCUGUUGGGCUUCCUCCUGUUCUUCCUACUGGGGGUGAAUGACAUGUCUAUUGUCCUGCCAGCUUCAGGUGCCAACAGAGAAGACUAUGUCAUCUACUGCAUAGGACUAUUCUGCUUUCAGGUGUGCAUGCUGUGUUCAGUGGGGUAUCACCUCUUUUCCUGCCACCGCUCAGAGAAGACGUGUCACCGCUGGUUGGCACUGGACUAUGCUGGAAUCUCUGUGGGAAUCCUGGGCUGUUACAUUCCAGGGGUCUUCUAUGCCUUCUACUGCAACAUUUUCUGGAGACAGGUGUACCUGGUGACUGUUCUAGCGUUGAUAUUGGCCAUAUUCUCGGCUCAGAUCCAUCCUCACUACCUCUCUAAGGAGUGGCACCACCUGCGGACCGCCAUCUUCUGCUCCGUGGCUGGCUACGGGGUCAUCCCAGCUGUCCACUGGGUCUGGCUCAAUGGAGGCUUCAGCUCUGCUGUCGUCCAGUUGUUCCUCCCUCGUGUGAUUGUGAUGUAUUUGAUAGCUGGAGCUGCCUUCCUCUUUUACAUCUCUAAAAUCCCAGAACGCUGCUUCCCAGGUCAGCUGAACUAUCUGGGUGCCAGCCACCAGGUGUGGCAUGUCCUGGUAGUGUUUAUGUUCUACUGGUGGCACCAGACUGCAGUGUAUAUCAUGAAAUUCAGACACAGCCAGCCCUGCCCUCCUCUCUACACCAGCAGUGGCUAGCUGGAGCCACACAGACUAGCAUCCAGCCCCCAAGCAGCCACAGCCUGUACUGUAGCCACUCAGUGCAAUCAAACCAGACUACAGACCUCCUAUAAGCCUGUUCUACAGAUGCCCCGUUAAGCACACAAGACCCAUAUCCAAGAACACCCACAACCGUACUGUUAAACCUUACAGGUGUCUGUAGAAAGCUUGAAAUCAUCUCUUUGGUUUUAAGGAUUGCGAUUGGUGGUAUGCAAUCAUAUCUGCUUUCUGCUGACACUUCUGUAAGGAUAGGUUAUAAGAGAAGGAAAGACAGGUCAGUCAUAGCCUGGUCGCAGGUCUGGGAAGCAAGAUGGCACAAACAGAUCUGGGACCAGUUUGGGUAAGUCAUUAGGACACUGUACACAAUACAUAUACCGCUACAACUGAACAUUUGUCAUUCUCCGAUUAUCUUUUUGUAUUCAAGAUUUAUUUUUUACCAGAUUUGUAUCUAUUAUUUUGCAUGUAAGCUACUGUUUGAAUGUUACAUGCUGUGAAAUAUUGAAAUACUUCUCUGCUGCCUUGAGCAAAUGGGACCUUACAAGGGUUAUGUGCAAUCUACCUACCUACUAUCCUAUGGAAACGGAACAAAAAAAAGAUCCUCUGAUCAGUUAUUUUUGCAUGAGUAGUUUUAUCUGUAUUCAUCAAUACUUGAAUUGUUUGUGUGUUGUGUUAUUGCCUCUGGCACAAACUUCAUUGGGUUCUAUGGUGGAGUUACUUUUAUUAUUAGUGGUCAACUGACCUCCUUCCUUUCACAAUCCACUUGAAUCUAAGGGCUGAUUCAGGAACUGUUUAGAGAAAUGUAACCAACUAAACAUAAACCCAAUGAAAUAGAUUAGGAUAAAGAAUUCCCCUCGCCUUAAUCUUUUAGUGUCCCUGUUGUCACUCACGGGUGUGUGAACAACCACAGAAGAACAAAAAUCUUGAUGGCCAGUAUUAUCGACUGUAUGGUUACACACCACAAUAGUGUAGUAGACUCUCCAUGCAACAAUAUACUGUACAUCUCCUGCCAGUUUAAUCCAGUUCCAGGUCAUUUAAUUAAAGGAAAUGUAUCCAGCUGACAUACUUAGCCUCUAGUCAGAUAAUGAUGCUCAGAACAUAUCAUAGCCUGUAAUGACUGGAAACGCAGCAAAGACUGUUUGGUUUGCCUUACUUGUAAAUUCACUUUUGUUUUUAAAUGAUGACUUUCAUUAUUUUACUGUGUAAUUACGGCAUUAUUUUACUUGGUUACUAAUGUCUGUCAUUUGUUACGUUGUUCAACAUUUGUUUUUCAUUUAUGUUGGCAUGGUUAAUGGACCUUUACUUUUGAAUGAUGGCACUGACUAAAGGGGUACAUUAUUUGAAUGCAUCUGUAAUAUGACAUGUCUCUCUUUGAUCACUAUCAAUAAAUAAAGAAUGCCUAAAGAAAUAUAAUGUAAUGAGAAUAUUAUAUAAUUUGCCAUGACAUGAUCAUUUACUUUUACUUGUAGCUACAGUUUUCAGAAAGUGCCCUCAUCCUUAAAGUUGACUAUAGCCUCUUGUCUUCUCCAUGCAAUCAAAAUGUCUUCCAGAGGAUAGGCUGGAUUUGGCAUAUGAGGAUUAUAUUUUCUCUAAUCCCAUUCUACAAUAGGACCUCCCAGCGCAAAUUGAGGGAUUAUAAUCUACAGCCAUUGUUCUUUUCUUUCAGACACUAAUUAGAAUUUUGUAAGGGUUUGAGUUGUCAGAAACCUAGAUUACAAAUCUCCAGAUUAGUCUUGCCUGAGAUGACAAUGACAGAGAUCAUGACAGAGAUCAUCUCUUUCCAUGACAGUCAGUUGGCGAAACAUUGCAGAGCAAAGAGAAAGUCAUACCGCCCCAAAGAUGCUAACUUCCCGUUAUUGUAAUGGUGAGAGGCUAGCAUGUCUUGGGGGUAUGAUGAUAUUUGUGUGUCUAACUUUCUCACUCAUCAUUAUUCACGAUUAAUUCAGGACUAUCCGUAAUUAUGGUAGUAUCCACAUUAAUGUACAAGUGUUUAGAAACAUAUUCUA